AUGACUCAAAACCCCACCACCCUCUUCCUCCUCCUCACCCUCACACUCACCCUCCUCCAUUUCCCCACCACCACCUCCUCCACCGAACUCCUCUACUCCACCGCCACCCAAACCCUCACCAACUCCAACUUCCUUUCCAUGGCCCUCACACUUCGCCUAGCUUCCCCUUCCCUCCCUCCCACAACCUCCGCCACAAUAUUCGUCCCCUCCGACAACACCUUCCGCCGCCGUGGCCCCCUCCCUCUCUCCCUCCUCCAAUACCACAUCAUCCCGUCAAAAAUCCCUCUCCAUUACCUCACAUAUCUCCCAAUCUCCACUCAAUUACCCACUCUCCUCCCAAAUUCACCUCUCACCAUCACUUCCUCUUACCCUCACCUCUCCAUCAACAACGUAACCGUCUUAACAACAACACCUCUCUUCAAAAAACCCUCCCUACUCAUUCUCCCCAUCCACGAUUUCUUCAAUUCUUCCUCCCUUUUUCUCCCCAAACCUAUCCCCGAACCUCUCCUUCGUAUCCUCCGAUCCAACAACUGCUCCAUCACCGCUGCGUUUUUCGAAUCUCUAUCCUCAGAACCAUCCGGCAGCGCUAAGAAAAAACUAACUAUCUUCGCGCCAUCUGAUGAAUCCCUCGGGAAUGUAACUGAUUAUGACUUAACUGUUUUCAGGAAGCACACCGUUAUCGGAUUGGUUACGUGGCGUGACUUGAUUCGUCUUCCCAAUGAUACUCUGUUACCGACUCUUUUUGAGGGAUUUGAUAUCAGAGUAAGUGUUUUUCCUCGUCUUCGAUUGGUUAACGGUGUAAAGGUUGUUGUUCCGAAUAUGUAUCGUAGUGAUUUCGUUGUUGUUCAUCGUGUUGAUGGAUUGUUUGAUUAA